AGAUUCUGGAAAAAGGAGCAACAUCAAAUGAAGCAGAUAUAAAGGAUCGAACACUCAGAAUACUCUCAACUAUUUGCGACUUCAUUUGCAGCCCACCAUUCAAGAAUGCACCCUCUUCAGAGUCUGACGUGCUUAUGUAUUGGGUCAAUGUAUUUUCAAAAUUAACCAAGCAGGUUUCCAUACACACUGAUGAAAAGGCAAUGCUAGCGUCUAGAACUAUCCGUCAGAUGCAUCCUCAGAAUAUGACGAACCAUCUGAUAGUUCGGAGAGCUGAUUGUCUUUUUAUGUUUGAUGAUAUCGAAAUUUCAAACAUUGAGUUCAAAAGGCCAAGUAUUAGCGAAGCAGAAAUUGGAGUCCAAAACCGGAAAUACAUUCGAUUGGGCCGCUGUUUGCAGGAGGGUCACUCAACGUUUGGAACUGUGGGCCCGUCAGUUCUAAUGGCGGAUGCAUCUGGUAAGCAAUAGCGAAAGACCAACUUUUGAAAUCUUUUCUAAUAUCCAUCCUCACUCUGUGCUUCUUCUUUGUGUAAACGUCGGCAAAGUCAUUGUGCCAACUAGUUUUUGGAAUAAUAAUGCCAUUUGAGUCUGCAAAAACAGCAUCAACCCCUCAACCAAGACCUAA